GCCUCAAUAGAUCAGUACAGCGUUUGCUUAAUCGGUAUGAUUCGGAUGAACCGGACGAUCAGGUAGACCAUCCUUUUUUCGCCCCAACCGCUGUCUAUCAUGCAACCAAAGCACCCGAACUCCGCCCUUCCAGUAUCAGCGACUCUGAAAAAUCAAAUCGUCAUCACGUCAAAUCCUCCUCCUUUGCUUACACCCCUUCCCUCUCCAUGGAUGAAGAAACUUUUGAUAAGCAGGCAAAAUAUGCACAUGCCAUUGUCACGCAGAAUGAUCAAAUCUUAAACUCGCCAGCCGUCCACUCCUCCAGGCCAUCAUUGGGUCGAUUACUUGAAACAUCCGAGACGCGAAAACGUAUCGAACAGUCUUUAUCCAAAAUCAAUCAUCUCAGAUCCCUCUCAAGAGCCUCAGCGCGGAGUAAUACUACCCUAUCGACGGGUGUCUCGUCAUCCCUGCAACCGCCGCCUACCACAUCGAGCAGCGACAAUCGAUCGCUUGAGUCGCACCAGCAAUCGCGUUCCUCGCACCGCCCAUCUCAAACCGCCAAAUCAUUGAAGGCCAAAAAGCUGAGAAACAAAAUGGAGCAAGAACAAGAAAUGCUUGUGAAGCGCAUUGAGGAUCGUUGCGAAGCACUCAAGCAAUCUCUGGACGAACGCAUGCAGUCAUUGGAAAACGAAUUUCGAUCUGCGAAACUGCAACUGGAAUCCUCUCGCGCGGGUGUGGAAGAAAUGAAAGCUAUACAGAGGGAAUAUAUGGCACGAGGUGUGCAGACAGCGCUACAAGGUCCGGUUAUCCCUAUCGAUGAGGAGCAAAAGUUAAGAGAAAGAGCAAAAGAGCUUGAGGUUCGCCAACGUUAUGUAGGGAAGUGGCUUGAAGAUACGAAAAUCAUUGAACAUCGGUAAAAUACCCAUAGGCCCUGAUGAGCGAGCUGGGAGUAGCGGAUAUCGAAUCAUUAAAGUCAUUAGCCAAAACAUGGCAAGUCAAGGCGAAACUUUACAAUCAAGCGCAAAGUUUUGUAGAACGUGCGGAUAAAAUUAUAUGGGACACACCCUUUGUAUCCACAAUUUUGGCGCCACCUGAGCGUGAUCCUGUGGAAUAUGAUGAGAGGGAGGCAGAUACCGAUGAUUUAUGCGAAUUUCAUCGCGUGCAAUAUGAAAAGGCCCUCCUUACUG